CAAUGACUCUUGUGCCACUAUGUAAAGCAACGUUGAUUUACAUGUACAUACAUAUAUAAUAUUUUUAUUCAUAUAUCAUUUUACUGGAGGUAGACAUACAUAUACAUGUAUAAAAUUGUUUAAGACCUUUUUUUAUAACAAUAUUUUCCUCCAAUUUGCCUGCUUCUAAACGCUAUUAAUAAUGCAACUGGAUAUAUAAAAUACGAUAAAGCUUCUAGACGUUGUACCUGAGUUAUUGAAAAUAACAUAUGACAUUCCAAAAUGGGCGACCUAGGACGUCCAUAUUCUAUACCACAAGAGGAUGUUGACACCACAGUUUUGCGAAGCUGGCGUCUGAAUGAUAGAAUUCCUGCUCGUUUAGUGCUUUAUUUCCUUUCUUGUUCGGGCUUUUUAGUAUCAUUUAUGAUGCGAAAUGAUAUGAAUUUUGCAUUGGUAGCGAUGAUGCCCAAAAAUAAUUACACCCAGAAUCAAACGAAUUAUGGAUCGCUAAACACUUUGACCGGUGGCACUGAUGAGCAAACAUCUUUAGUAAAAUCAAUUAUUAUCAGUUCAUUUUAUUGGUGUUACGUACUUUCCCAAGUAGUUGGAGGCGUUGCCACAGAACUAUGUGGAACUAAGUGUGUAUUCGGAUGGUCACAGCUAGCUACAGCUAUUUGUAGCAUUAUGAUGCCGCUAGCAGCAGAAAUACAUUAUAUAGCUGUUAUUGUUCUACGAUCUAUUCAAGGAUUUGCAUCUGGGCUUACAUGGCCAGCAAUGUAUGCAAUAGUUGGAUAUUGGAUUCCUCUUACAGAGCGAUCGCGAUUUAUGUCUAGUUUUCAAGGUUUUAGUGUUGGUAUUGGAUUAACGUAUCCUUUAUGUGGUUUUAUUUUGUCCGAAUUUGGAUGGCCCUAUAUUUUUUAUACUACUGGAUCUUUAGGGCUUGGGUGGUGUAUAUUAUGGUAUUUUUUAGCGUAUAAUACACCACGUGAACAUCCUCGUAUUACAAACGAUGAACUUAAUUAUAUUGAACAAAAUGUUAGCAAAGAAAUUAACAACGCAGUUAAAUUGAAAGUUCCUUGGCUAAAAAUAUUUGGAUCCCUGCCAGCUUGGGCUAUUGCUAUAACUACAUUUGGGCGUAUAUUUAUACACUAUAUUUUUAUUGUAAAUGGUCCAACAUUCAUGGGUAAUGUGCUAAAGUUUAAUUUUGAAACAAAUGGAUUCCUAUCGGGAAUGCCCUUUAUUUGCUCAUAUAUUUCAUCAGUUUUGUUUUGUUAUAUAGCUGAUAAAUGUAUAUUGUACAAAGUUUUAAGUCUUACUAAUGUAAGAAAAUUAUUCACAGCUCUUUCGCAAAUUAUACCUGGCUUAUUAAUUUAUUCUAUUGGUUAUAUAGAUAAUAUAUACAUUUUGCUUACCGUAUGGUUUAUAGCAGUUAUAUUUAUUACUGCAUCGUAUGCAGGGGCAAUGGCUAACAUAAUUGAUAUAGCGCCAAAUUAUGGACAUUCAGCCGCUGUUCUUGCUUUUUGUCAAACAAUACAUAUGUCAGCAUCCUUUAUUUCGCCAUUGACCGCUGGAUUUAUUGUUAUUCGAGAGGAUUCCAUUGAACAAUGGCGAAAAGUUUUUGAAGUUUCUGCAAUUAUAUCUAUAUCGACAUAUGUUGUUUAUCAAAUUUUUGGAACAGCUGAUAUACAACCAUGGAAUCUAAAGAAACCCCCAAUUGAAAACGAAAAUAAAGAAAGCCCUCUUUUAUCCAAAGUAAAUAAAGAUUGUCAAAAUGAUAAUAUGCCGAUGUAGUUUACGUAUUCAAAUUAAUAUUAUUGGUUGUAAACAUUUUAGUAUUUAAAUAUAUUGUUAUUGUAUAUAUUCUAUGAACGGUUUGUUAUAAUAAAUUUAAACAGCUCACAAUAUGUAUGUUUAUAUACAUAAAGCAAAAUUUAAAGAAUGGUUAUAUAUA